GCCAGCUAGCUGGCUAGUUAUCAUGGACGAGAUGUAGCUGGCAAGGUAACGUUGGCAAAUAGAACAUGGGCGGACAUAUGAAGUGUAAUUUUUUGGAGGAGUGCUAUAACGUCAUCUAGUGUACAUAUGGGAAAACCAUCUGUAUCCCACUUGAACGUGAAAGGCUGCUAGCUGGCUAGCUAGCAUUAAGUACUAGAUACUAGGCCGUCGAUGGUAUCGGCGGUUGCCCGACACCUAGCUAGAUAGGUAGUCUAGCUUCUCUAGGGAUCUACACAGCGACCGACUGAUCCUUAAUUAUUAUAGCCAAUUACACUGAUUAUACUGUGAAAUAAUCACCUGAUCGCAAUGGGUGGGAAGAAGAAAAAGUCUGUGUCCACGCCAUCAGUACCACCGGCAGCGACAUGCAACGCUAACUCUCCUUCUGGAAAUGGCAUGCCGGACUCCAGUGCAGCUGCUGGAAAGAAGCAGCAGAAACCGAACUCUGUUAAAACAGCCGCUAAGGACAACAAAUCGAAAGCACCGAAGACCUACAGCUUCAACAACACUCCGCAAGCGGACACAGGAGGAGUUUCUACUCAUGACAAGUCUAUUCUCAAAGUUGUCAUUCAGGCAGACUUGGAGAAAAGAAUAAUUAAGCUUAUCAAUGACUACAGACAAGAAAAUGGGGAUAAAGGACCAAUAUCAGGAAGACUUACAACCAAAAAGCUACUGGAUCUGUAUACCGCUCUGCAAAGACUGCACUUUAAGACGGAGCACAUCGAGGAAGCCAUGAAAAGCAGCGUGUUGUACGGAGGGGAUCUGCACUCUGCCCUUGACUGGCUUUGCCUAAACCUCCGAGAUGAAGAGCUACCAGAGGGCUUCAGUCAGAAGAUGCAGGAGGAGAACCAUAAGACCAAGCCAAAAUUUCAGAAUCCUACAGAAAAGAAACUGCAGCAGCCUAGAAGUGAGGCUCCCAAAGAGCUGAUGAAAGAAGAGGCAAAGCGAGCUCCUGUGAAAGACGAGUCUGCAAGCGUGAAGGACUGGAUCCUGAGAUACGCUGAGCAGUCCAGCGAAGAUGACACCGAGGAAGAGGAGGAGAAAGGGAAACCACGGAACCCAGAGCUGGAGGAGAAGUUUGAUCCUAAUGACAGGUACUUGGUGCUCACAGCUCAGCUGUAUGACGCUAAAGAGAUGGCUGCUUCAGCCAAGGCAAAGAAGGACAAAACUGGCCAAAGGGCUGCACAGGACAGGAUCCGAGUCAUCCAGCAAGAGAUGAAGCCUUUGGAAUCACAUCCCAUGUUCAAUCCAGCGAUUAAAGUAGCCGACGCUCCCAAAGAGGAGAAGAAACCCGUCUCUGUCCUAGAGACCAAGGAGGAACUGAACUUUAACCUGUUUGAAAAGGCAGAAACCCCUCCUGCAGAAAAGACGGUGAAGAAGAAUGAACCCAAGGACAUCCGUAACUUCGACUACACAGCCCGCAGCUGGACCGGCAAGUCUCCCAAACAGUUUCUUAUUGACUGGUGCCGGAAAAACCUCCCCAAAAGCCCCCCUCCAUCCUUCCAGAAAGUUCCUGCAGGGCAGUACUGGAAAUGCAGAGUUCGUAUUCAGAAAGCAGACAGUGUAUUGGAGGUCUGUCCCACAAUCCUCACAGAGGACAGCAUGCAGGCACAGCAUCUUGGAGCCACCCUGGCUCUCUACAACCUUGUCAAGGGACAGUCAGUGCACCAGCUUCUGCCCCCCACCUAUCGGGACGUGUGGCUGGAGUGGCGCGACAGCGAGCAGCGGGAGGAGGAGCAGACUCGCACGGAGACCAAUAAGCCCCGGGACCAGUUCAUCGCCCGGCUGCUGAGCCGCCUCAAGCAGCAGCAGCCGCAGAAGCAGCAGCACCAGGCCCAGGCAGCCCCGCAGCCCGGGGAUGAGCCCGAGGAGUCCUGGGAGGACCUGCUUUCCGCCGAGGACGAGGGCCCACGGAGUGAGGGCCCUCCAGCGGCAGGGGGCUCGGAUGCGGACCGCGCCCUCCUGCUGAAGCUGCACGGCUCGGCCCUGGCCCAGAGGCUGCUGCAGGAGCGGCAGCAGCUGCCCGUGUUUCAGCACCGCGAGCGGGUCCUGGAGGCAGUGAGGAGGCACCGGGUCGUGGUAGUAGCCGGGGAGACGGGCAGCGGCAAGAGCACGCAGAUCCCUCAGUUCAUCCUGGACGACCUGCUCGGCGGUGGCCCCAAGGCCGGGCCCUGCAACAUCGUGGUCACCCAGCCCCGCAGGAUUUCCGCCAUGAGCCUGGCGGGGAGAGUGUCCCAGGAGCUGGGCUGCGAGGACGGGCCGGGGGCUAAGACGUCACUGUGUGGUUAUCAAAUCCGGAUGGAAACGCGGGCGGGGGAUUGGACCCGUCUUCUGUACUGCACCACCGGAGUCCUGCUCCGCAAACUGCAGCAGGACCCUCUGCUAAGCAGUCUGACCCACAUCAUCGUCGAUGAGGUUCACGAGCGCAGCGUGCAGUCGGACUUCCUCCUGACCAUCCUCAGGGACAUCGUGCAGAAGCGCUCUGACCUGCACCUGGUGCUGAUGAGCGCCACGGUCGACUGCGACAAGUUCGCCAGCUACUUCAACCGCUGUCCGGUAGUGACCAUCCCAGGCAGGACGUUCCCUGUGGAGGUUUUCCAUCUGGAGGAUAUAAUAGAGGAGACGGGCUAUGUGCUGGAGCAGGAUUCCGACUACAGUCAAAAAUUCCUAGAGGAAGAGGAGGAAGUCAGUGUCGAUGUAACAGUCAAAGGCGGGAAGACUCUAGUGCACCAGGAGUUUGUCGUGAGAGACUCUGGUGCUGGCUGGGAAGGGGGACCGGAUCUGGGCCACUACAGUAACCGUACACGACAUGCCGUUCAGUACAUGAACCCCAACAAGAUCAACAUGGACCUCAUCCUGGACCUGCUGGCUUAUCUGGAUAAGUCCCCACAGUUUGCAGAUGUCCAUGGUGCUGUCCUGGUCUUUCUGCCUGGGCUUGCCCACAUCCAGCAGCUCUAUGAUCUGCUGUCCACCGACAAGAGGUUCCGCGUCAAAGAGAGGCACAUGUUGGUUGCACUGCACUCCACACUAUCCUCUCAGGACCAGUCUGCAGCAUUUACAGUGCCACCCACUGGCGUAAGGAAGAUUGUGUUAUCUACAAACAUUGCAGAAACAGGAGUCACGAUACCAGAUGUUGUUUUUGUCAUCGACACAGGAAGAACAAAAGAGAACAGGUAUCACGAAAGCAGUCAGAUGAGUUCCCUGGUGGAGACGUUUGUGAGCAAAGCCAGCGCCCUCCAGCGACAGGGCCGAGCAGGGCGAGUCCAAAACGGUUUUUGUUUUCGUCUCUUCACCAAAUACAGAUUUGAAAGCUUUAUGGACUACUCUGUGCCAGAGAUACUGCGAGUGCCUUUGGAGGAACUUUGUCUCCAUAUCAUGAAGUGCGAAUAUGGCUCUCCGGAGGACUUCCUGUCCCGGGCGCUGGAUGCACCCCAGCCCCAGUCUGUGAGCAACGCAGUGAGCCUGCUGCGAAAGAUCGGGGCCUGCCAGCAGGAUGGGCACACUCUCACCCCCCUGGGGCACCACCUCGCCACCCUGCCCGUCAACGUCAAGAUUGGCAAGAUGCUCGUCUUUGCUGCCAUCUUUGGCUGCCUGGACCCCAUUGCAACUAUAGCUGCAGCAAUUUCUGAGAAGUCCCCAUUUGCAACCCCAAUGAACAGAAAAGAUGAAGCGAAUUUAGCCAAAGCAGCUCUGGCAGUGGCCAACUCGGACCACCUCACCAUUUACAAUGCAUACCUGGGGUGGAAGAACGUUCGCAGUGAGGGCAUGCGUGCUGAGAUGGCCUACUGCAGGAAGCAUUUCCUUAAUCGCACCGCCCUGUUAACCAUUGAGGGGGUGAAACAGGAGCUGAUGCGGAUGAUGGAGCAGGCGGGAUUCACCGCCCCGAGUUCCAGGCGGGACCGGGGGGACCCGAGGCCAGCGGGGCCUCUGUCGACCCAGCAGACCUCCGUCCUCAACACGGUGCUGACGGCGGGGCUGUACGACAGCGUGGGCCGCAUCCUGUACGCCCCCUCGGUGGACGUGCUGGAGAAGGCCGCCUGCACCGUGGAGACGGCCCAGGGCAAGGCCCAGGUGCACCCCUCCUCUGUCAACCGCAACCUGCAGACCUACGGCUGGCUGCUCUUCCAGGAAAAGGUGAAGUAUGGGAAGGUCUAUCUGCGGGACACCACCCUGAUCUCACCUUUCCCCAUGCUGCUGUUUGGUGGAGACAUCGAUGUGCUGCACCGUGAGAGACUCAUCUCCCUGGAUGGCUGGAUUCACUUCCAGGCUCCGGUGAGGAUAGGGGUGAUCUUUAAACACCUCCGAAAACUAAUCGACUCUCUUCUGGAAAAGAAGCUGGAGAACCCGAAGAUGAAGUUAGAAGAUGAGACAACGAUACAGAUAAUUAUGGAGCUGAUUAAAACAGAGAAUGCCAUUUGACCGUGGUGUUUGUCCUGGAGAUAAGAGUGUUGCAACAGCUGUAUGAAAAAUCUUGGAGAGUUAUGAGGGAAUGAAGAAAUUCUAGUUAAUUUCUUAUUUGCAUUAUUACAUUUUUUGUCAUUUAGCAGACAGUCUUAUCCAGAGUGACUCACAAAGGU